GUGCAUGCUUAAUAAGGCAGGCCGAUUGCUGACGUGAGUCGUGUCAUUGCGCUUGGUCAAGGACAGAUGGAGAGGAUAAAUGAAGGGAGUGUUGAUGAAGGAAAAGAAAUACACUAUGCUCCGCCGUGCUGCUCUUCCUUUUAAAGAAUCGCCCCCAGCUUCACACGUGCACAAACAUGACGAGCCAAUUACGGUCGUAUGCAGCAAAAAGAGAGACAUUAUCUGCUCAUUCGUCAAGUGGCGAUCGAUGGCAUGUACAAAAGAAGAAAGGUGGCUGCAGUGUAGGUAGAGAUAUACGUGAAGACAUACAUGUCUCUUGAGGCGACAAAUAGAUAUACAAAGAGGCAGAGACAGACACCCCGGUGCUUUGCCCGACGCGCCUGUCGCCUGAAUGAGUGCUGAAGGCAGAAGACGGCUCCUAGAAUCCAUAGAAUACCUCUAAUACGGACAGUCCUAGAACACACGCGUCCAGUGACGGCCGACCAUGACAGAGACAUCACAUCAUGAUGUACGGAAAACUUGCAGCACAUGCAGACGAAUGCAUGGCUCUUGGAACGCGCUAGAUGUACACAAAUAGACAAGAGGCAACACGCACAACAUCAGAGACACCCCGGUGCUUUGCCCGACUUGCCAGUGCGUGUGUGUGCGUGUGCAUGGGCGUCACUGAAGACUACAAACGACCCGCACAAAUCAUACCAACAAACACACGUAUCCAUCGAACGCAUGAGUGUACACACGCAGUCUACACGUAAGUACAGCUAUGUGGUCGGUUGGCCAGCACUGCUGGUGCUGUUGCCCUCAUCGUCGUAAUAGUAAUCGUAGUAGUAAUCACAGUAGUAAUAAUAACAGUCUGCAGACAGGGGGGACACACACACAUCAAUGGAUGGCAUAUCAUCAUAUCCCUCUCUUUGUGCUCGUGGGCCUGACGACGUACAGUAGUCAUAUUCAUCUAUGUCUCCGUUAUCGUAAGGAAUACAGUAGUAAUAUACUGCAUACUCAUACCCUUCGUAGUAAUCGCCUGUGCACGCAAGUGGGAGAGGAAGGGCUAUGGCGGACAUGUCCGGAGGAGGCAACAAUCGAUGUGCACCACGUGUGUAUGCGCGCGCAUCGGUGGGUGACACGAACAUGCUUACAGUAGCUGGUGUAAUAGUGCGUGAUCGGCAUGUGGGCACCGGCAGGAUCGCAUCGCUCCCCGCUGGCCUCGCGAGCAGCCUGCAAGCAUUCCACAGCCAUGCAUUCACAUCACAUUGCCCAAUCAGCUGAGAGCUCAACUGACCUUGCCUUUCCAAAGCGUAUGUGUCUUGCCGCCCAUUCGGUACACAGACCGCUCCAGCCCCAUCUUGGCCAUCAGAUUCUCACCUUCGCUGUCUCCGCUUCCCUUGCGGAUGCCGUCGACGAUCCUCUGGGCCUCCUCGGUGAGGCCGGGGUCGACGCAUGGCGUGUUUUGGUAUGUGUCGAGGGUGUCCAUGUUUGGCGGGGCGGGCUUGGGGUCGGCGUGUCUCAUCAUGAUGGACGCUGGCUUAUCACUGGGGCGGAUGAUGGAGGGGUCGCUGACAGACUUGUCGAGUCCGGCGAUCUUGAACGGCACCACACAGUCGCCAUCUUUGUGGAAGGACAGCAACACCGUCUGCACUCAAGAAAUGAAGACACGCAGCUAGACAGGCGGAGAGAUCGGCGUUGUUGGCUCGCUGCGGUGGACUGACCACAUCGGCGUGUGUGUUGCCCACAGGGACGACGAAUGCAUGGGCCGUCCCACCGCUGGCCACAGGCAGCACCACAUAAUCCUCGUACACGAAAUCGUCACGGACAGACACGGCCGUACUCGUGGACACGGUGCUGACAUAAGGGACACGCAAAAGCCCAUCAGCGUGUCGUGCCUUCUGCUUGUCUGUCUGUCUGUCUGUCUGCAUACCCGUCCGCUGCCUGCACGGCCAGGUCAGCGUUGCCGAAGUGGGAGUUGGCAGCCAAUAUGACGUCAUCAAAACCUGCCUCGCGAGCGUGACUCUGCACACGUAGACGGACACAAACACAGACACCAUCAGCACCUACCCGCCCCCUCCCACAUCUCGUCCCGCUCACCAGGUCCAUUCGUAUGUACUGCUCCCGGCCGCUGGGGAUGCGUCGCGUCGGCAGGGACGAGAAGUGCACUGGGCUGUCUUCAUGGGCCUCGACAGGGAGAGGCGACACCACGGGGCAGCUGCGUGGGCGACUGCGCGAGCUGCUCACGGGGGAGGCUGGCGGCUGCCGGUUAUUGUCAGGGUGUUUGGCAGGCGGCGGACGUGGAGGCUUCAGGAAGGCGUCGUCAUUCUGGUCUACCGAGCCGGGGGUGAUCCAACUCGAGCAGCCUCGUCUUGAUGUCGGUGAGGAUUUCCUCGAGCUGCCCUCUUUCCCCCGGUGUGAUGGACUGGCAGCGUGCGGCGGUGGUGAGAAGCAGCGCGGAGAGGAUUGUGGUGAUAUGCAUCGUCUUUCUCGCCCGUAACGUCUUCGCCGCGUACACUGUGGGGAAAGUCGGCCAGAAUGGCUUCUUUUCCGGUCCCUUGACUCGAGUGCGAGUGUGGUGCUGUGUGAGGCACGGUGACUGCGGGGGGCAGGCAGGAGCUCCU